UCUCUCACACCUCUCAAUCAAUACCAUCAUCAUUGUUCUGUGUUACCAUCAGUGAUGACGAUGGAUACUUUCUUCCUCUCUCACGGUUCGCCAACGCUUUCGAUCGAUGAAUCGUUACCGGCGAGACAUUUCUUCCAGUCAUGGGAGGAGAAGGUGUUUCCGGAGAGACCUAAAUCGAUUCUCAUCAUAUCUGGACAUUGGGAAACGGAUAAACCCGCUGUCAAUGUCAUCUCCGGCAACCACGACACCAUCUACGAUUUUUAUGGAUUCCCUGAACCCAUGUACAAGCUCAAGUACCCUGCACCGGGAGCACCAGAAUUGGCAAAGAGAGUGAAGGAGCUGCUCAUAGGUGGUGGCUUCAAACAUGUGGAAGAGGAUAGAGCUCGUGGACUAGACCAUGGCGCUUGGGUGCCUCUCAUGCUUAUGUAUCCAAAGGCUGAUAUUCCUGUGUGUCAGCUUUCUGUUCAGACAGGAAAGGAUGGAACUUAUCACUACAACAUGGGAAAGGCAUUGGCCCCUUUGCGGGAAGAAGGGGUUCUAAUAAUUGGGUCUGGAAGUGCUACACACAACUUGAGGACCCUUCGAUUAGAUGGAAAUUCGGUUGCGUCCUGGGCACUGGAAUUUGAUACAUGGCUCAAAGAAUCACUCCUAAAUGGAAGGCAUGAAGAUGUUAACCACUAUGAGAAGAAGACACCCCACGCAAAAAUGGCUCAUCCACGGCCGGACCACUUUUACCCUCUCCACGUCGCUUUGGGAGCUGCAGGUGAAAAUACCAAAGCAGAACUUAUCCAUACUAGCUGGCAACUUGGUACACUUUCUUAUUCUUCUUAUCGUUUUUCAGCUCAAUAAUGUUCCUUGGCUUGUGUGAAAUGCCAUUGUUGUGAGGUAAAUGGUUGAUAUCUAUCAUGGUAAAAUAAAUAAAUUGCUACCAUUGCAUGACC